UCUCCUCACUGCACAUUUGCCAAACCACAACUGAGAGCUUUGCAUUUAGCCACGGAAGGAAAAUCUUGAAAGCCAUUCAUGAAUCUACACCAAAACCACUAGAGCUAUAAUUAAAUCAACUCUUAAAGUAGUGUAACUCUUUUUAUGGAUGAAAUAGCAGUCUUUAUUUUAAGCAUCAUUGGAGAAAGAGGAGGAGAGAGGCAAACAUUUCCGUGUGAAGACUUGGAAACUCCUUUCAGCGUACUAAACAUUCACCAAGGCUUCCUGUGAGCAUUGGAGUUUGUCCUUUCCCUGCUGGCUGGAUUUUCAUUCCGUUUGACCUCCAGCAGCCGGCUGAAAGCCCUUCUCCAACCCGUCAGCAGCUGCCUUCGGGUGAAGGACAUCGGUGGGACAGCGGGGACUGGGACGUGCGCGGGCGCAGGACAUUGCCUGGAGCUCGGAGAGCCCCGAGGACGGGCGGGCAGCGAGGCGGGAGGAGGCUCGUACCCCCCUCGCACUCUCCCAGCAGUCGCGGAGCACCUGCGGCUGCGGGCGGGUCACAGCCUUAGCUCCCCGGGGCGGCGCGCCGGCUGCGCGGUGUCCCCGGAGUCUCCUCCGCUGCCCAGCCCUCCUCCCGGUGCGGCGGAGCGGCCGCAGCCCCCGCGGGAUGGCGGGGCUGUGCCUGUGGCUGUGGCUGAGCGCGGCGGCGGCGGCGGAGCUGCGGCUGACCCUGCUGCACACCAACGACGUGCAUGGGCGGGUGGAGGCGCAGGGCGAGGGCCCGCGGCGCUGCGAGGCGGCAGCACCGGGAUGCUUCGGCGGCGUGGCGCGGAGAGCGGCGCGGGUGGCGGCGGAGCGGGCCGCGCACCGCAACGUGCUGCUGCUGGACGCCGGGGACCAGUACCAGGGCACCGUGUGGUUCUCCCGCUUCAAGGGCCGCGAGGCGGUCCACUUCAUGAACCUCCUGCGCUACGAUGCCAUGGCUUUAGGUAACCAUGAGUUUGAUGAAGGUGUGAGCGGAUUAUUGGAUCCUCUUCUUAAAAAUGCGAAUUUUACAGUCCUGAGUGCAAAUAUUAAAGGGAAAACUUCAUUAGCGAACGAAAUGAUGAGAUAUGUGCAUCCUUUUAAAAUAGUUCAUUUUGACUCAGAAUCAGUUGGAAUUGUGGGCUACACUACAAAGGAAACGUCUUUUCUUUCACAGCCAGGGGAUGAUGUAACCUUUGAAGACGAAAUUGAAGCACUGCAACUGCAAGUGAAUAAACUUACUGCUAUGGGAGUGAACAAAAUAAUUGCACUAGGACAUUCUGGUUUUACCGUGGACCAAAAUAUUGCCCAAAAAGUGAAAGGAGUGGAUGUUGUGAUUGGAGGACAUACAAACACAUUUCUCUAUACAGGCACCCCACCCUCUACUGAAGUGCCAGUUGGCCCAUAUCCAGUCAUGGUUGAAUCAGAUGAUGGGAGGAAGGUGCCAGUUGUACAAGCUUAUGCUUAUGGAAAGUAUCUUGGUUACUUAAAUGUUACAUUUGACAAGAAAGGAAAUGUAGUUGAAGCAGUUGGAAACCCCAUUCUGCUGGACAGCAGUAUUCCUGAAGAUGAGCACAUUAAGGAAGAAGUGGAAAAAUGGAGAGAAAACCUGGGCAAUUUUUCUAAAGAGAUUGGAAAAACUAGUGUUUACCUGAAUGGUACAAGCCAAGCAUGCCGUUUCCAAGAAUGUAACAUGGGAAAUUUGCUUUGUGAUGCUGUGCUCUAUGAGAAUGUUGGGAGUCCGGAUAAAAAGACAUGGAACCAUGUUUCAAUGUGCAUCCUGAACGGAGGUGGGAUACGCUCACCCAUUGAUGAGCAAAGCACUAAUGGUAGCAUUACUGUGGAAGAUUUGCUGUCUGUUUUGCCAUUUGGAGGUCGUUUUGAUAUGGUGACAUUAAAAGGCUCCACACUGAAAGAAGCUUUUGAGCACAGUGUGAGGAGAUAUGGAAAAGGAAGUGGAGAGCUGCUGCAGGUUGGAGGCAUCCACGUGGUCUAUGACCUCUCCAGAGCCCCAGGAAGCAGAGUUGUUAGUUUAGAAGUGCUUUGCACAGCCUGCCGAGUCCCGGCCUAUGUCCCACUCCAGAUGGAUGAAAUAUACAACGUGACUCUGCCAUCCUAUAUGUUAUUUGGAGGAGAUGGUUACAGUAUGCUGAAAGACAAGAAUUUGGGAUAUAGUAAAGGUGAACUUGACAUUGAAGUUGUUUCCCGCUACCUCCAGAGAAUGAAGAGAGUUUACCCAGCAGUUGAAGGUCGAAUAAAGUUUUCUUCUGGAAGUCUUAUCGAAGCAAGUCUCUCCCUGAUCUCUGUAUUGUUCACUGUAACAUUCUUGCACACUUGAUUUUUUGUUUGGAGGAAAACAGGAGGCAGGAUGAUACUGACGAAGCUGUGAGAGCUGUUCUCUUCUGAUACACCUUACAAUGAAUGAGCAGUGAGGUUGCUGCAUGUCAGCAGUGAGCAUUGUCUUUGACCUUGUGGUGCCACUGGAGCACUGUGUGCAGGGCAAGGGGACAGAAUCCAUGGCUUCUCUUGGUCAGAAUCAGCAGGUAGCUCAAACUGAGAUCUCAAAAGCAAAGUUCCAGUGAAUACUUACUGCUCAAUCAUAAAACAAUGACAGACUGAAAUAAGGUAUUAUAAAUUGUCAAAUUCUUUUUACCUGUGAGACAGUGAACCUGAUUCCAGAUGUUAAUAAGCUUCUAGAAAUUGAUUUUUUAUAGAUGUAUAUUCCCUUCUUUGAUCUCCACUCAGGGUUAAGGUAUUCAGUCCAGUAUCUCUACUUUGCUUGCAGUCACUUAUCAUACCUACAUGAAUGCCUGAAAGAGCUGGAUUAAACUCAGAGCCAUUAAAAUCAUGAGGUCUAUUUGAUAUGCAAUUUAAAAGUUUUUGUUUUACUUUUGAAAAAGAAAUACCAUACUUAUAUUUUCCAUUAAUAAAGGAUGCAAUGAAAGCUUGACUUGAUUUUGAUCCGUUUUAAUAAACUGAGUAUUCACUCUUAAAUAUUCUUCACCAGAUUUGUAUCUAGAGUGAGAUACAGAAUCUGGGACUGUAUUUCAUAUAAACAUGUCAAUUUUAUACCUCUUCCAAAGAACAAUGCACAGGACUGCUGCCCAUCACUCUGUAUUAGCAACAUUCCAAGAAAAUGUCAGAUAUAGGCAUUGAUCCUGCAGCACUUUUGGCAUCCUUUGGAAAUAGUCAGGUAAUGGGGCUUUUUACAGCAUGACCUGGUUUUAUGAUAACUGUGAUUAUACCUCUUCUAUGGGAAGGCUGUUUUUAAAAAAUAGUUGUAAGAGACAGGCUAAUGGGUAUGAAAUCAGAUUAAAUGCUAAAUGUACAUUGCUGAUGCUUUAUCAAGAAAAUGAUUGCUUAUAAAUGAGGGAAAAAAUAUUUUUCUAAGAUUACUGGGAAUUUUGACAUCAACAUGUUUGGAUUGUUUAAUGCUGUUUUAAACUGAUUUUAAGUGUUUUGAAUAAACCUGAUCUGUAUUCCUGAAA